UGUAAUUUUCCUUCUCUUCUUCCUCCUUUGGCUGGAUAUCAGCUUUCGGGUUUCGUCACCUUCCGACGAACGAGAGCACUGGAGAAGGUGCGACGGCAGCUAUGGAUCUAGUUCUCAAGAAGGAAGUCGAAGAUAACAAUCCCGAAGCGCUCUCGCCUGCUACGGAUUACCCCGCACCUGCUGUCGAAGCAGGCUUGCAGCAUCAUCUCCACUUGUCUCUCACUCCCAAGCCUCUUACUUUCUCCUUGAGGAGGAAGAAGAAGCUGUCAAUUGACAGAAAAUGCGAGACGUUGAAGAUAAAGAAGUGCCUUUCAGAAACAAUAGUCAAACAUGCUGUAGCAGGCCGCGGAAAGAAGUAUAAAAGCUGUAAGAAAAAUGGUGCUUCAGUUAAUGGAAAAUGUACUUAUGGGGAAGCAAAGUCACCUGCGAUGAUUCGAGCAGAGGAGGUUCAGUCAAACCUAGAAACUGAUUACCCCAAUUUUGCAAAAUCUAUGGUCAGAUCGCAUGUUGCCAGCUGUUUUUGGAUGGGCCUUCCAGGGCUGUUCUGUAAGUUACACUUGCCAAACAAGGAUACUACCAUUACUUUAGAGGAUGAAAGUGGAAAUGAGUAUAAGACAAAAUACAUUGCUGACAAGACAGGAUUGAGUGCUGGGUGGAGACAGUUUGUUAGCGGGCACAAUUUGCUUGAGGGAGAUGUCUUGGUCUUCCAAUUAGUCAAACCUACCAAAUUCAAGGUGUACAUAAUAAGAGCAAAUGACUUUACCGAGGUAGAUGGUGCACUUGGCCUCCUAAAUCUGGAUGCUCCUACAAAGAGUGAAGCAGAAUUGGGCGAUGUACCUUGUAAAAGUGUUAAGAGGAAAUGCCUAAAGUCACUUCCAUUAGCUAUUGUCCAAAGAGGAAAAAAGUCCCGGCCAGCCACAACUGGCUCCUAUAUUGAGCACCCAGCUGAGCAAUUUGAAAGUGACAGUGAAGAGGUGCGCUCAGAAGUUUUAGAAGGUUUCAAGCUAUCAGUGCCUGGUGUUCAGUUCAAUGAAGUAAAAAGUUUUGAGGACUUUAACAUAGUGAUUGAUGGCAUGGUUAUUGAUUCCGAGCUCUCAGAGAAUAUCCAGGAUAAAUAUUACAAGCUUUGCUGUUGUCAAAAUGCGUUUCUUCAUGAAAAUCUUAUUCAAGGCAUCAAUUAUAAGUUGGUUGUUGGAAUCAUCUGUGAAACUGUAAAUAUUGCUGAUAGCUUGAGAGCCUGCAAGUUUACCACCUCUCGUGAUGAGUAUGCUAUGUGGGACAGAACUUUACAAGCCUUUGAGCUGCUGGGCAUGAACGUUGGAUUUUUACGAGUUCGCUUACAUCGGCUAGUCAGCCUUGCCUAUGAAUCAGAAGGCUCCACUGACACAAGGAGAUAUAUAGAAGCUAAAACUGAACGAGCUUGUGCAGAAGAUGAGAUUAGGAGGCUGGAGGCGAAGCUUGUUGAAUUGAAAGGCGACUAUGAAAGCUUCGGUGCUAAAAUAGAAUGUUUGAAAUCGUCAGCUGAGAGUCAUGAGCUCAAAUUCCAAGAGGAGGUUAGUUCUCCGUGGUGACAUUUUUCUUAUGCAAAAAUAUUUUUUCAUGUUUUAUAUGGCUCUUUUCAUUCAUAAUCUCUCCAUUCUUAACCUGAAGACUGGGUCAGCCUGGUUUGUAUGUAAACUUAUUAAUGCUAGCUUUUGCAGGGAAAAAAUUUUCUUUUAUGUUAGAGAUUCAGUACAUGCUAAGUAGUAACACCAUAAUCUUCUAAAAAACUGCCCAGCUGUUACAAAGUCGAUUAGACUAUUUUGUGAACUGUUAUAGGAGAACCUGAAGUUGGAACAUGAUUUCCGUAGUUGAUUAAAAUCGUCUUUUCUGCUCCUC